CACAAUGACCUGCCGCAACAAAGCACUUCCAUCCGUUCCUUCCCCCUCUUCAAUUCCUUCGGACCAGCCCACAAGCCCUGUCGCAUCUGCUAAAUCCCCACGCCUCCAUUCAUCCCCAGUCCUCCUCCAUCCGCUGCCACCAGCAUCGGCCAUGAAAGAGGAGUCGGUAUUACAAAGUGAGCUUGAGCUCAACCGGCAGACCAAGCAGCUUCAAAGGGAGAGAGAGCUAGAGGAAGCGCUCCAGGACCAAGUUUGGCAACUCGAACGCGCUGCUGCCAGGGAAGAGCAAGGCACAUGGUCGCGACGGCAGCAAGAGAAUAGUAAAUUGAAAGACCGCCCAAACGAUGAUAAAUGGGGAAAAACACAAGGCUUUAGUAGGCCACCACAAGCUUACGAGCUCUAUCAGGCUAUUGACAAGCAUGAUAUUGACUUUAUCAUGCGUGUGAGAGACCAUGCUUUCAAGUUGCUUCUCCAAAAGAACGGAUCGGAGUUUCCGAUUGUUUAUGCUGCAAGGCUUGGGGAAGGAUGGAGAGAUAUCGUCAUCUUGCUCGUAGGAACGCUGUCUAGAUAUGUGAAUCACCUCGAGCCCGAGGACUUUGUAAAAAAGGAGACGAAGGAUACUCUCAAGGGACUCCGUACUAAUCUCAAACUAGCAAUUGACAACUCUCUUCAUUCUUCUUCCCCCCACCUCCUCUCAUCAUACCUCCAAGUCCUCAUCAUGUCUGAAGGCGAUUCAUUUCUCCACAAAGCCAUCUACGACCUCACCCUUCUCCUUCGCGCAUCCCCUCUUCGGACGAGCAAACCUGUCGCUGAAGCGGAAGAGAUGGUGAGGCGGUUCAGUACAAAGGAAUUGAGAGGGGUGGCGGGAGGAGUGGGCGAGGUGGAGGAGUACGUGGCAAAUGCGGCAUUGGAUCUUAUAAUCAUGGCGAUAUGGAGUUUGGCUGCUGGACAGCUGGAUUUGGAGAUUCUUCCAACUCAUACAUUUGCUAGGGACCUUCGGACCUAUCAAAUGUUCAACGAAGCUCUGCAAGAACACUCGACACAGAUAUCGAAAGCAAAUCCAAGGGUGAGAAAAAUGUUGAAAGCAAUGCAAGAGCUUGGAGGCGAUAGCAAGAAGAGUGUAAGAAGCAGGUUACGCGAUGUUGCCCAAUUCUUUGAUGAGGGAGAAUUGUAACGAUAUGCCGAUUAUAUUUGCUUAUCUUUAUAACAUGGUUUAAUUUUCGGAAAUGUGGUUAUGUUAAUCACAGACGUCCUUAUGAG